AUGACGGGAGACCCCAGCACCAUGUCAGGAGUCAUUCCUGGCACCGUCCAUCUCGUCGACAUUAAUCAUAGCUUGAAUGCUCGACACUCUGGGGAUGGAGAUAUCAUUCUGAACCCAGCACCUUCCAAGGACCCAGACGACCCCCUAAACUGGACCCCUCGACGCAAGCUACUAUCAACUAUAUGCGUCAACCUCUACACAUGGAUGACCGGCAUUGCAUUGUCGACAGUUUAUUCAGUUCUUGUCCCACUUUCCGCUCAAUCAGGGGUGGCAAUCAAGACCUUGAAUGAGGGCUCGGGAUAUAUUGCUUAUGUCAAGAGCGACGGAGAAUGGAUAGCCCGAUGCAUUAUCAUGGGGUUCUUCGUUGCGCCUAUCGAGGCAUUGCCCGAGAUUGCGGUUACGGAUCUCUACUUCACUCACCAGCGCGGAUCCUACAUGGGCCUGUAUGCCCUAUCGUUGGCAGGAAGUAACUACUUUGCUCCCAUAAUUUCCGGCUUCAUCGCCGACGGACAGGGAUGGCAGUGGGUGUUCUACUGGCCUGCCAUUUUCAACGCAUUCACAUUCGUCUUCCUAUUCUUUUUCCUAGAAGAGACAAAUUACGCUCGUAGUUUCCCUGAGAUCACACCUGGUAUCGCAAGCGUACUCAAGGGACCGAGCCCAAAAACCCCACAGGAUUUAGAAAAGGCUGGUCCUCGUGUGACAAGCACUGCUCAAAGCGUAGUAAGCGACACAAUUGGAACCUCGGCCAAGUCAUUCGUUCAAAAACUCUCCAUCUGGCAGCCUUGUCCAGGACAGAGCAUGUUGAUUCACGCCAAACGCAGUUUGAAGUAUCUCAGCUGGCCGGUCAUCUUCUAUUCGGGAUUCAGCUAUGGCUCAUAUCUAAUCUGGUUUAAUGUGCUCAACGGUACUUCAUCCAUUAUUCUCAGCGGUCCUGGAUAUAACUUUAAGCCUUCGAUGGUGGGACUGAGCUAUGUCUCGUGUUGCAUAGGGGUCGCACUUGGCAUGCUCUUGUCUGGCCAGUUCAGUGAUCGGUUGACCGUCAGACUUGCUCGUCGCAACGGCGGUAUCAUGGAGGCCGAGCACAGAUUAUGGCCAUUUGUAGUCUGCCUCAUCAUGGUUCCAGGAUCCCUACUUCUCUGGGGUGUUGGCGCAGCAAAUGGUAUACAUUGGUUUGGUCUUGUCUUUGCAAUGGGCUGCCUUGCGUUUACGAGUUGCGUGGGCCUCACGCUCAGUGUAAACUACAUGAUUGACAGCUAUCAUGAUAUUAGUGGGGAUGCGAUUGUGACGGUCAUUCUGAUUCGGAAUACCAUGUCUUUCGCCAUCAGCUAUGGACUCACUCCAUGGUUGACAAACUUGGGAUAUCAGAACUGCUUCCUGUCUGCAGCAUUUAUUGGUAUGGCGGCUUCAGCUGUGUUUUUGAUCAUGAUCAAGUACGGCAAAUCAUUGCGCCUGCGUACGACUGAGGAGUAUUGGGCCAUCGUCAAUGAGGAGAAGACGAAGAUGUAG